AUGCGGCUUCACCGGAAGCCUCAGCCAUGCUUCAUAUCAGUCCUCUUUGUCUCUGUCUUUCUCGUCAACCAUGUGGCAGCGCAGGACUUAGGCGUCAAACUGCCGGGCGCUUCCUCCACGACAGACACAUCGUCCACUACGGCAUCAUCUUCCACAACCUCUACCGUAUCUUCUACUAGCUCUUCGGCCAGUGCGUCCUCAACCGACGCAGCGGCUCUAACGGGUCUGCCGAAGCUAGCCCAGGACAACUACCCGGCUCCCACAGUACCACCAACUGCUGACGCGCCUUUCAUGCAAAAGUCGUCUCUCCCGGAUGGAACCGUAUUCAUAUGCGUCGGUGCUGCUCUCGGCUUCAUUGGCGUACUUGUCCUUGCUUGGCGUGGCCUUGUUGCCUGGUCAUUACACCGAUCCGUUCAAAGGGCUGCGAUCGCACAAUCGUCCAAAUACUCGCGUGUGGGAGAUCCAAGAGCAAACAAUGGCAAGUCAACUGGCCCGUACUUUAGUCCAGGACCUGGGUCUACGUUGAGUCUCGACCAUCUAGCGGCAAGCGGGAAAGGAGGGGGAAAGACACCUUCUUCAGCUCACGGAAGCCUUUUCUUCUCGCCUACGGCAGGUACUGGCAUGCAGACCCCAGGUAACCGAGGGUCUAGUUAUCUUCCUGCUGGGUAUUAUGCUGCUGCCAAUUCUGCGCCUGGUGGUGGAUCUGGAAUGACGCAGGUUGGGGGUGGAGGAAUCGGGCUUUCAAAUCUUGCACCUCAGAAUCAUCGAUACUCAAGAGCAAGGUCGACUGGGCCAAGUCCACCCGGGUCCCCCAGUUCGCCACCAAGCAGAGGCGCAGACUCGACGCUUGCAAGACUCAGUAGUGCAGGGUUGACGAUACAUGCCAGCAACAGCAGCCUCAAUUUAUCCGCAGCACCCCAGGGCCGUGCACCAAGCGCAUACCUGGAAGACCUUUUCGAGAAUCAUCCUCCGGGAACCCCGCCGCCAGAAGAGCACGGUAGAGGAAGAAGGUUCUAA